AUGGGGCCAGAAAAUAAUACACAAAUAUCAGAAUUUAUGCUUCUUGGAAUUUCACAGGACCCCAGAUUGCAGUCUUUCAUCUUUGGACUGUUCCUGUCCAUGUAUCUGGUCACUGUGCUUGGAAACCUGCUCAUCAUCCUGACCACGAUCUCAGAUUCCCACCUGCACACACCCAUGUACUUCUUCCUCUCCAUCCUGUCCUUUGUGGACAUCUGCUUCACCUCCACCACCGUCCCAAAGAUGCUGGUGAACAUCCAGACACAGAGCAAGAUCAUCAGAUAUGCAGGUUGCAUCACCCAAAUGCUUUUUUUCAUUCUCUUUUCAGGUUUGGACAUCUUUCUGCUGACUGUGAUGGCUUAUGACCGCUUUGUGGCCAUUUGUCACCCACUGCAUUACACAGUCAUCAUGAACCCCCAACUUUGUGUGUUACUGGUUCUGGUGUCCUGGCUGGUGAAUGUCGUGCAUUCUAUCCUACAAAGUUUGAUGGUGCUGCAACUUUCCUUCUGUACAGAACUGGAAAUCCCACACUUUUUCUGUGAACUUUAUCAAGUGAUCCACCAUGCAUGUUCUGACACCUUUCUCAAUGAGGUAGUGAUAUAUUUUGCAGCUGUUCUAUUGGCUUGCUGUCCAUUUGCUGGCAUCCUUUACUCUUACUUCAGGAUCAUUUCCUCCAUCUGUGCAAUCUCAUCACCUCAGGGUAAGUACAAAGCAUUUUCCACCUGUGCAUCUCACCUCUCUGUUGUUUCCUUAUAUUAUUGCACGGGUCUAGGUGUGUACCUUAGUUCUUCAAUGGAAAAAUCGCAUUCAACUGCAAGAGCCUCAGUGAUGUACAGUGUUGUCACCCCCAUGCUCAACCCCUUCAUCUACACUCUGAGGAAUAAGGAUAUCAAGAGGGCUCUGAAAAGACUCUUUCAGAUAAAAAUAAUAAAAGGACCAGUUGUGCUGAGACUAAAGAAAGAUCCUUGA